AGGUGUGAAUCUGGGGGGCCGGUGGGCAGAGGGAGAGGAGGUGACGCAGUUCCGGCCUUGGUCUCUGCUGCUGAAGCUCCUUGCAGAUGAGCUGGACAGGCCUGGCUCUGUCUGGAGGGAAAGCAGGCGGUGGAGGAUCCGAGGAGCAGCGCUGGAGGCAUCUGGGUGUCUUGGCUGAGGAUGGGGUCCAUGGCCUUGGUUGCAGCAACAUUUGCAGUUCUUUAUUUACUGGAUCCCUUUGCAGGUUCACAGGGAGAGGCAUCUCUUCCAGCCCCAACACUCUCCUUGUCCACCCCGUACAGCACAUUUUUAAAUGAAGAGUGGAUCUAUUUGGACUGCACACCUCCAGCAGAACAGACGGGAUCAUGGUUCUCCUUCUCUCAAAUGAACAGAUCAAAUCAAUGGACUAUAUACAAGGAACAGAUAAGAAAAUCUUUGGAAAUCCCCGCAACAGACCUGGAAUCAAAGGAAACUUUUAUUUGCUUUUACAAAACCAAAGAUAACAAAGGAAGAAGUUUUCAGUCUCCAAGGAGUAACAGCAUAGCCAUCUCCAUUAUAAAGCCUCCUCGAGGUCCAGUUCUCUCCCUGGAUCCUCAGCAGCCCUUUUACAUCCCCGGAGAAGAGCUCAGCCUGGACUGCGCGGCUCCAGAGGGACAAGAUGUGGCCGGAUACAGAUUCCUCAGGGAGGGACAAACCCAGAAAAGUAAGCAACUAUUCCUUGAAGGGAAAGAACCCCGUCAAGCUUUCCAAGUGGAUGAAAACACGAAUGGGACCUAUGUCUGUGUGUAUUGGAUUCUGACCGCAGAAGGGCGGGAGAUUCAGUCCCAGAAAAGCAACACUGUCUCCAUCGUGGUGAGAGAUCUUCCCCCGACUCCAGAUCUGAAGAUGGAUCCUGCAUCCGGAAUGAUACUGGCAGGGGACACCAUGCGUAUAACUUGUUCAUCCAAUGGGAACCACACGGAGAGAAAGUUCUAUUUCUACAAGGAUGGAGCUGAGAUUGGGGUCACCAACCAAAGGCCUCUGAAUUGCUCCAAAGAGCCUGGAGACGCUUCUUCCAACAUCUCCCUGAGCAUCUGUCUACAAGCUCAGCCCAACCUGACAGGGGAAUAUACCUGCAGGUAUAAAAAAAGCAUGAGUGGCAGGUGGAUCAUGUCUCCCUGGAGCCAGAAGGUCAACAUCACAGGUGAGCUGGACAGGCCUGGCUCUGUCUGGAGGGAAAGCAAGGCGGAGGAGGAUCGGAGGAGCAGCGCUGGAGGCAUCCGGGCAUCUUGGCUGAGAAUGGAGUCCAAGGCCUUGGUUGCAGGUUCACAGGGAGAAGCAUCUCCUCCAGCCCCUACACUCUCCUUGUCCACCCCGUUCAGCACAUUUCAUCCCUUUUACAUCCUGGGAGAAGAGCUCAGCCUGAACUGUGCGGCUCCAGAGGGACAAGAUGUGGCCGGAUACAGAUUCUUAGAAGUGGCACAAAGCCUGCCAGGUUGGCAAAUAUUCCUUGAAGGGAAAGAACCCCACAAAGCUUUCCAAGUGGGUGAAAUCACUAAUGGGACGUAUGUCUGCAUGUAUUGGAUUCUGACCCCAGAUGGGCAGCAGAUUCAGUCCCAGAAAAGCAGCACUGUCUCCAUCGUGGUGAGAGAUCUUCCCCCAACUCCGAAUCUGAAGGUGGAUCCUGCAUCUGGAGUGUACCUGGAAGGGGACACCCUGCUUAUCAUUUGUUCAUCCAAUGGGAGCCACACGGAGAGAAGGUUCUAUUUUUACAAGGAUGGAGCUGAGAUUGGAGACACCAACCAGGGGUCUCUGAAUUUCUCCAAAUUCAGAGGUGCCCCUUCCAAGGUCUCUCUGAGCAUUUGCCUACAAGCUGAGCCCAACCACACAGGGGAAUAUACCUGCAGGUAUGAAGAAAACAUGAGUGGCAGGUGGAUCAUAUCUCCCUGGAGCCAGAAGGUCAACAUCACAGAAAGGGUGUGUUUUAAGAAAAUUGACCCUGGGAAACAGUAA